UUGUCACACUACAGACUUCGAUUUCAAUAUUUUUUACUUCUUAAAACUUACCGUGGAACGACUGUUAAGUUCAAAGAGAUCUCGGAAUUAUCAAUUGUAAGAAAAUCUCAAGUUUAUUCUAGAGAUCACGGUGUUCCCGCCUUUGUUCAAUGGAGAUCAUUCUGCGGUUUACCGGAAGUUAGGGACUUUGAUGACCUCAACAAGACUAUCUCAAACAAAGUGGUCGUAGAAAAUCUCCGAGUCAUCUACAAACAUGUUGGUGCUAUUGAUAUGUAUGUCGGUUCAUUGUUGGAGGAUCCCUUGCCCAGUUCGCUUGUUGGACCAACAUUAGCUUGUAUUAUUGGAGAACAAUUCAAGCGAACUAGAGAUGGUGACAGGUGCACCGAGCGAAAGAACUGGCUCCUAGCUCGUUGUCCUUUGUUGAUGCGCAAGAUCGCCAGCGAAAACCCGGUGUUCCUGGCUAAAAACGUGGGUUUAGCAGCUUCGCGAGAAAAUGUGCUUAUUUACAGGCUCUACUUCGAGAAUCCGAAGGUGUUUACGCCAGAGCAAGUGAUCCAAAUCCGAAAAGUGACGAUAGCACGAAUUCUGUGCGAUGCUGGGGAACAUUUCGCUUUUGUGCCACGUCGAGCAUUCGAUGUAUUCAGACCGACUAAGGAUGAACAU